AUGAAUUUAUAUAUUUUUUAAAAAUAAAAUAAAAAAAGAAUAUAGGAUAAGGUUCAUUUGCAAAAGUUUAUUUAGUUUAAAAUAUACGUUCAUGUAAAAAAUAAAAUAUUUAAAAAUCAAAAUAAAAAAAAAUAUAUAGAAAAGAUACAUGCAAUGAAAGUAUAUAAUAAAUAACACUUAAAGCAUUAAAAUAUAAUUUUAAAAAGCUUAAUGGAAAGAAACAUACUAAAAAAUAAUACUUCUCCAUUUAUAGUUACAUUAUAUUAUGCGUUUUAAGCAAAAUAAAACUUGUAUUUGAUAACUGAACUUGUGUUUGGAGGAGAUUUAUACAGACAUUUAUAAAAAUUCCAAAAAUUCGAUGAAGAAAAAGUAACUUUUUAUGCUUCUUAAAUCGUAAUGGCUUUAGAAUGUUUACAUUAAUAAAAUAUUAUAUAUAGAGAUUUAAAAUUGGAAAAUAUUUUACUUGAAAUAGACGGUUAUAUAAAGCUAACAGAUUUUGGUUUAUCUAAAGAUUAAAUCAAAAAUAAUGAUUUAACUUAUACCUUUUGUGGUACUCCUGAAUAUAUGGCACCUGAAUAAAUAAAUAAUAAUGGACAUAAUAAGAUGUGUGAUUUUUGGCAACUAGGAAUUUUAAUAUAUGAAUUGCUUUGUGGAAAAACACCUUUUUGGUCAAGUGAAAAUAGAUACAAAAAAGAUUAAAUAUAUAUAAAUAUUUUAAAUGGGAAAUAUCAAUUUCCUCAUCAUUUGUCUGAAAAUGCUAAAAAUAUAAUUUAUUUUUUACUAUAGACUGAUUUUAAGAAAAGGUUAGGGUAUAAUGGGUUUUAAGAAAUUAAAAAUCAUCCUUUUUUUUAGAAUAUAGAUUGGGAUUUAAUAUAUAAAAAGUAAAUUAAAGCGCCUUAUAUUCCUCCUAUGAGAGGACCAAUUGAUCUUCAGAAUUUUAAUCCAGUAUUUUGUUAUUAUAUUUAUUUUUACUUAUUUAAGUUUUUUAAUUUAAUUGUAUAUUAUACUUUAUUUAAGUUUUUUUUUUGUUUAAAAUAAGAUAAAAUAUUUUUAUAUAUUUAUUUUUUAAUUAGAAAUAUAUAAAAAAUAACGAAUAUGAAAUUUAAGAUGAAACUACUUUUAAAAAUAUUGAUGAUGAAUAUUAUUAAGGAUUUUCUUAUUCUAAAAGUAAGAAUUUAGAGGUAUGAAUUUCAUUUUUUUUUAAACUAUUAUAUAAAUUUAAUUUCUUUCUAUUUUAUUUUUAAAGAAAAUUAUAAAUAAUAUAUAUUAAAUAAAAUAGAACUUGUAAUUAAAAUAUAUAUUUAUAUUAUAUAAAAUAUACCUAUUCUUUUCCCUAAUUCAGCAAUUUAUAAAAAAAAAAAAUACAAAUAAUACAAAAAAUACAAAAAAAAGGAAAAUAUCCUUAACAAAAAAAUAUAAAUAUAUAUAAUUUAAUUAAAAUAAAAAUAAUGA